AGGCCGGAGAUGGAGAAGCUCAAAGAAGAAAUAAAUAAUAAUAUGAAUCCAGAGACUCUUCAGGAGAAUCAAAAACGAAUGAAGGCAUUAUUCAAGAAGCAUGGAGUCACUCCAUUUACACCACUUAAGGGACUUUUUAUCCAAGGACCAGUUUUUAUAAGUUUUUUCAUGGCUAUCUCAAACAUGGUUGAGAAAGUUCCAUCAUUUAAAGGCGGUGGAGCAUAUUGGUUUACUGAUUUGACUACCCCAGAUGCCAUGUACAUUUUUCCAGUUUUGACCGCUUUGACAUUUCUGGCUACCGUAGAGUUGAAUAUGCAAGAAGGUUUGGAAGGGAAUCCUAUGGCUAACACCAUGAAGAAGUUUUCUAGAGGAAUUGGUAUCCUGACUAUCCCAUUUACAGCUAACUUUCCCAAGGUAAUGUGGCCUUCAAGACCUCUCGACAAUAUUGCAAUGGAAAAGAUGAGUUCAAACUAUGUUUUAGACUUAACGUGACAUAACAGAUGACAU